GCUAAGGUUCUAUUGCCGUUGACUAUUGGCCGAACUUUAUGUUUCCAAAGUGAUUUGGUGGUAGUAGGCAACUAACUUUAGUCAGUCACACACACGAUAUCCUCGUUUCUUGAUCGAAACAAAUCGACGUACUAUACGCGAAGGUGACCAUGGACGAUAUACCGUUCGUUGACUCUCUCGAGGACCAGCAUUUCGUGAAGGCAACAAAAUUCAUCGAGCUGAACACUUCUUCUUUUCCGCAAAAUCAACUGUUAAGUUUCUACGGAUUGUACAAGCAAGCGACAGUGGGUCCCUGCACUACCAACAUACCAGGCAUUUUACACCCGCAAGCACGAGCCAAAUGGUACGCGUGGAAUAAGCUGCACCAGCUAGACAAGUCAUCGGCAAAGUUAGAAUAUGUGAAGUUACUAGAUGAACUGCAGCCUGAUUGGGACAGCAGCCGUGGCAGCGCUUGGGUUUCCGUGUCCCGCCCAAAGCGACAGGAGGAGGAUGAAUGUAUCGAUGAGGAGGAGGAACAUUUACUUACUACCAACAUAAAGGACAGUUGGUUAGAAGGGGUACGUCAUGAACUGCGUAGUGGAAAAUACACAAACCAGUUGAACAAGUUGGAUAAGUCUGGGCUCGGCAUUAUCCAUUGGGCGGCAGAUCGAGGAGACGCGUCCGUCCUGCGAUGCAUACUGCAAACUCCCGGAAUCAAUGUUAAUCUACCAGACAUAGCAGGUCAAACGGCGUUACACUAUGCAUGCAGCUGCGACAACUAUGAUUGUGUGAAACUGUUAUUGAUGUUUAACGCUGACCGCGGUUUGGGCGAUGAAAAUGGAACAACAUGCAUUGAGGUUGCGUUAUGUGAAAAAAUUAGAGAACUUUUAAAGGACGAUGAAUAAGCAAUAAAGAAGAUGUGAGCGAAGUAGUUUCUUCAGACUGUUGGCUGGUGGUGCCAUCAUGCAGCAUAU